AUGUCGAUCCAUGCAAAAAUUACCAGCGAGAUGGGAUCAUCCCGCACAAAUAUACUCCCAUUGCGCAAUGCAGCCGGCAGGGCAACAACAAUUGUUAAUCAAGUGUUCUCUCAGAACUAUGUCCUUCAAAAUGGGUUUCUCAAAAGGUUCUUCUCUGAAGACAUUAGAGCAAUGUAUGGGAAGCACUGUUCCCACCAACUUGUCCUUUGGCUGAGGCAUUCAAGGAAAUCAUCCAUAUCUAAAGGAGUGCUGACUGUUCGUGCAACCUAUAGAUGGAAGGUCAGCACUGGGAAUCUCUUCCUCGGAGGCUUUAUUUUGGGAGGAUUAGUUAUUGGGACACUUGGUUGUGUAUAUGCACCUCAGAUCAGCAGUGCACUAGCUGGAACUGACAAAAAGGACCUGAUGAGAAAAUUGCCAAAAUUCAUAUAUGAUGAAGACAAAGCUUUGGAGAAACAGCGGAAGAAACUAUCAGAGAAGAUUGCACAGCUGAACUCUGCUAUAGAUGAUGUUUCAAAUCAGCUGCGAUCAGAAAAUACCCCAAAUGGAGCAGAUGUUAACUCGGAUGAAGUUGAGGCACUUAUAUAAGAUUCUAUUGUCGUUCUGUUUUCUCAUGAAUUUUCGCUGUAUGUGAAAACACAAUAACUCGUAUGUAGAGUCUCAAGGCCGUCGUAUGAGAAAAUUGCUCACUGCAAUUUUGGUAAAUUUGCUCUUCUUUUGAGAGCUGGAUUUUGGAACAAUACUGGAUUUUUUGAUGUUCAUGGAAGACAGCUGGAUAAUAAUGGUUGUGAAUUGUGAUCACUGAAGAAUGAUGGAUUCUCUAAGCUUUUGCUUGCGUCGGUAUCACAAGAAUGCAUAUCCUACCCGGAUUUAUUCUGUGUAGUGAUAAAUUA